CCCCUGUGUGGCCUUGACAGUCCUGGUGGAACCGAAUGUCCAACCGGUUCCGGAAGCUCAAGCUGAUGCAGACGCUGCCCCGUGGGCUGUCAGGCAACCAGCCGCUGCCCUUCUGUGAGGAGCCUGAGCCGGCGCUGGAUUCCACAAUGAGGGCACCCCCCCAGGACAAGAUGGGCCGCUCGGGGCUCCCUGAUGCGGCUCCCACAACCAAGGACAAUGGUCCUGGGAGCAAAAGAGGAGAAAGGGAAGAUGUGUUCUUGACAACUAUGCUUCGGAAUGGAGCCCCCUUCACCCGACUGCCAAGUGACAAGCUGAAGGCCAUCAUCCCUCCUUUCUUACCCCCUUCCAGUUUUGAGCUUUGGAGUUCUGAUGGCUCCCGGACAUGUCGCCAUGGGAAGACAGAAUCCAUGAAGACAAGAGCCAGCAGGGGCCACCCUGGGGGUGGCAGGAGCACGGAGACAGCUCCUGUCAGGCCAGUGAAGUUCCCGUCUCUCUCCAGAAGCCCAGCCUCUCCCACCAACUCUGGAAACUUCAACCACUCUCCUCAUUCCUCAGGCUGCUCCAGUGGGGUCGGGGGCAUGAGCAGACAUGGCGGGGAGCUACAGAACCGCUCAGGUAACAGCAUAGACAGUGUCCUGUCACAGAUCGCUGCCCAGAGGAAAAAAGCAGCUGGAUUAUCUGAGCAGAAGCCCAGCCACCGGUCAAGUCCCGUUGGACCAGCACCAGGGUCCAGCCUGCAGGAACUCCCGGUCUCUCCUGCAGAUGGCAGCAGCCCCGGCUGUAAGCAGAAGCCGGAAAGCAAAAGACCUUCAUCCGGGGCUUCCACUACCUCCAAGAGCACCUCUCCCACCCUCACACCUUCCCCUUCACCUAAAGGACUCGCAGCCGAGUCAUCCGUGUCCUCGUCUUCAUCCCACCGACAGUCCAAGGGCAGCGGGGGCUCCAGCAGCGGCACCAUCACAGACGAGGAUGAACUGACUGGAAUCCUUAAGAAACUAUCACUUGAGAAAUAUCAGCCCAUUUUUGAGGAGCAGGAGGUGGAUAUGGAAGCCUUCCUCACUCUUACCGACGGUGACCUGAAGGAGCUGGGUAUCAAGACAGAUGGAUCCAGGCAGCAAAUUCUGGCAGCCAUUUCGGAACUGAAUGCAGGCAAGGGACGUGAGAGACAAAUUUUACAGGAAACCAUUCACAACUUCCACUCUUCCUUCGAGAGCAGCGCCAGCAACACCAGGGCCCCUGGAAACAAUCCCUGUACUUGACUGUCCUUCCUGUGGUCACCCUUAGGAUCCUUAUGGCUUUCCGGAACCACCUUCACACAACAGUGCUCCAAGCCCUAUCAGUCUGUCUGUCCUCAGUGCCGGGAACAUGCGUGCUUUGUCACAGCACUGUGCUUCAGUCUCACAGCCUCUGUCUGGGAGACUCAUCUCCCACACCCAGCAACAAUAGCUGGUGGUGUUUAUAACAGACUCUAGCACAAGGGAUACUUCCUCCCACAUAGGCUUCACUAUGGCCGCUCAGUGGUUGGUUUCAAUACUUAUUUAGGGACCCAGCUCCUUUGAUCUUGCAGUGCUGCCAUUCCUGGAAGCCUCUGAGUCUUGGCUUCUGGCUGGCAGAACAAAGCAAACUCUGUGCAAAAGUUAAUAGCCACAUCUUAACUGCCUUACUCUUAACUGCUCAUCUUCUAUUGGCCAUUGGUAAUCACCUGGUCCCACCUAGAUGCAAAGAGGCUGGGAAAUGUAGUCCUUUUUUUAAAGUAGUGACUUCCCAACCAGCCAUGACUCAAAAUUCAGAUAGGGGUGGCACCUGUUUCAGUGGAAGGCUGGCCUUCCAUGCCUGGUCUGCUCCUCGGAUUUCUGACUUAUCACAGUCCAAGUCACCCACCAGUGAAGCUUGUCUUGACUCCAGCCACUGGGGUGCCUGCCUGUUUGAGCACCUCAUCCUGACUACUGCACACACAGCUGGUCAGGUUGUGUAUGCUGAAUAUAUUUGUAUUUAUUGCAAAGGGAGUCUUUUAGAUAGGAAAAGAGAGGAAGCCCACUGUGUGACCUUGGGAAUCUCUCCCUCUGUUACCUUCAGUUUUCUCAUCUGUGAGGUUGGAGGUCAAGCAAAUCCCGUCUCAGUAUCCCCAUGCAGCAAGCCACAGUGGGAUUCUGUACUUGGAGUGGGAGCAAAAGAAAUCAUUCCACUGUGGAAAGACUUUGCUCAUCUACUUUUCUAAUCAAAGAAGCAGAGGAUUUGGAAUUUCCUCUAGAGCCUGACAUUGUUGUGUUCUUCAGAAGGGAGUCAGCCUAGAUGGUCUUCACCACGUCUUAUUAUGGUAGAGGGGCUCUGACUUUUUAAAACGUCCACCAGCCUUCUGAAGUACAUUCAAAUGAGUAUGUCAUUCAAUCAGCUCUAAGGCUGUAUUUCUGUUCGGUGCUGAGGAUAUGGAUUGCAGGAAUAAGUCAGGCCAAUACCAGGAACCCCUGUGAGGCUUUUGAUGGGCAAGAGAAGUAGGAAUGAGUGGUCUGGGAGGUGGCGCAGUGUAUAAAGCACUGGACUCUCAAGCAUGAGGUCCUGAGAUCAGUCCCCGGCAGCACAGUGGUGUCUGGCUCUUUCUCUCCUAUCUUUCUUAUUAAUAAAUAAAUAAAAAUCUUUUUAAAAAAAA